GUUCUGUAUAUAAAGCCUCUCUGGGAAGGAUCUUCACAAAAACUGUUACAAGCUCUUCCCCAGUUUGUUAAUUUGAGGCUUAAAAAAGAAAAAUGGGAAAAGUUCAUGAGGGGAACAGCGAUGCCGAAGGCAAGAAAACCGAGUUUAGUUUAGUGCGGGUCAAAAGUACAUGGAAGAGUAAACUAGGGAAGAAGAUCAAUAAGGACGCAGUUGACUAUGUCUCAACCGCAAAAAUCUAUGAAAGCAUCACAGACAGAGGCACCUCUUGGACCGUGGUCAGCCCCAUCACCUUUACUUACAAGGUCACAGAAACUCAUGACUUACUGGACCCAAACAACGACACUCUCUUGUUGGGCCACAUCACUGACCCACAACAGUUAGAGGACAUUAAAAAAUCAAAUAAGCCCAUCAGGCGUUUUGUGGUCAUUGACCAAGAAGUCUUUAAAAUCUAUGGCCCCAAGCUAACUGAAUACCUUGAGGCUCACAAUGUAGUGUACAAGAUUUUGGCUCUUCCAACCACAGAAGGAAACAAAUCCAUGGAAACAGCUCUGAAGAUUCUAGAUGAUGUCAAUAACUUUGCUCUCGACCGCCGAACAGAGCCCAUCAUUGCCAUUGGUGGAGGGGUUUGUCUAGACAUAGUGGGCUUGGCAGCUUCACUGUACCGGAGGCGCACUCCUUACAUUAGGGUCCCCACCACACUUCUGUCCUACAUUGAUGCCAGCGUAGGGGCAAAAACUGGGGUAAACUUCGCUAACUGCAAGAACAAACUUGGGGCUUAUAUUCCACCUGCAGCUGCAUUGCUUGAUCUAUCGUUUAUGCAAACUGUUCCACGAAGACACAUCUCCAAUGGGCUAGCAGAGAUGCUAAAGAUGGCUUUGAUGAAACAUCAGGGACUCUUCGAGCUUCUUGAGGAACAUGGCUGUAUGCUGUUGGACACUAAAUUCCAGGCUGACAACACUUUAUAUGGGCACAGUAGUGUUAAGGUUGCGUCACAGGCAACCCAUAUAGCAAUCACAACAAUGCUAGAGGAGCUAGCUCCAAACCUUUGGGAAGACGACCUAAACAGACUUGUGGAUUUUGGCCACCUUAUUAGUCCAGCAUUAGAAAUGAAAGUUCUUCCAUCCUUACUGCAUGGUGAAGCAGUAAACAUUGACAUGUCUUAUAUGGUUUACUUGUCUCAUGAGUGCGGCCUAUUGAUGGAAGAAGAAAAGCAAAGGAUCAUAAGCUGCAUGGUUGGUCUGGAGCUUCCUGUCUGGCACGAGAAGUUCACCAUGGAGCUAAUCCAGAAGUCUCUGCAGGACAGGCUGAAGCAUUCUGGUGGUUUGGUCAGAAUGCCACUUCCUGUUGGUUUGGGACAAGCAGAAAUUUUUAACAACACAUCAUUUGACAUCCUGCACAGAGCUUACAUCAAGUGGUGUGAGGAGCUGAGUUUCUCUUCUGACUGCACCUGUGAUGUUUGAUUCCCACAUCCAACAUCGUGUCUCAGUCCAGUUUUUAAACAAAUAAGUGUUAGGUAUUAGGUACUCUGGUGCACCAUGGUUCACAUGCAUGGGGGACAUUGUUGUAUUUACAGGCUAAAAUGGAACAUAGUGUUUUCAUAUUACAGAGAGCAACUUUAUUUACACUGGCAGGAGUGGUCUGCAUUAUUAAUGCCAUAAUUUUUGUUUAAAUAGUAAAUAAAACGGCUCAUAGGUUUGGUAAAUGGAUUAAAAUUAAUUAAUUUGCUUUCCAUUUGUUUUUGUAACGAUCACGUAAGUGCCAAUAACGCUUGCUCAUUUUCUGCUUAUUCCUGAUGUCAAAUACACUUACCAACAAUACUAAAUACUUUUUUUUUUUUUUUUUUUUUUACAAAUAAUGUAUGUUUAUUUACUAUGAAUUGAAUGUUUUGAAAAUUGUUUUCCCUUUUAAUGAACAUUAACACUGUGUGACAAACUGAUGAAAGUUUGUGGCAAGAGCUUAAAGGGGACACUUAAAGACACAGUUCAGCCCAGCUCUGGAAUGCCAAAACAUUGAGGUGGCCUGGAUGCAGCCAAAUCCUGGAUGAGUGCAGCUGCUGUGAGCAUUUGGGAGAGGCUGUGGCACACUACCAGGUUGUUGACAUGUGCUACCAGAGUCAAAAGGUCAAACAAAAAAUUUACUUUUCUGUGCUUUACAUCAUGUUGAGUUUGAGAAAUCUUUUAAUUUCCCAUUGCAACCAUUCAGCUGUACAAAAUACCAGGGUGGACCCUAGCACCAAAAAACAUUGCUAAAGGAUUAGAGGAGUGAUGUUAUGAGGACUUCCUGAAGGUGGAGUUUCAGAAAGCAGUUUCUCAAAGAGACAGAGACCCAAUUUUAAGACAUUAAAAAUACAAAAACAUAUGUUAAUAUUUGAUAUAUACAGCAUUUUAACAAAUGCUUGUGAUAUAAAAUGCCACUACGUGCCUAGAAAGUACAUAAUAUUUUCCCUUUAAAUAAAUCUACUUGGCACCAAAAGUAAGGAAGCAUUGUAAAAUUGCAUCUUUCAAAUAUGGCCUCAAAAAUCUAGCUUGAACUCUUAACCCACAACUGUUCUUUCCAAAUAUGGCAUCAGACUUUUCAGCAGUAUAAGACUGCUGAAAAUGAAUCAUUGUUACAAAGAAAUUAUCAACCAAA